AUGGGUUGCUUCGGCUCGGCCGGAUCGAAACAGUCGGACUCGAACAGUUCCGAGGACACCAAGAGCCAGAAACGGCGCAGCGAUGCGAUCACACGGCAAUUGCAGAAGGACAAACAGGUGUACAGAGCCACGCACAGACUGCUACUACUCGGUGCCGGUGAGUCCGGCAAGUCGACCAUCGUGAAGCAAAUGAGAAUAUUGCACGUGAACGGGUUUUCCGACAGCGAGCGAAAGCAAAAGAUAGAGGACAUCAAGAAGAACAUUCGUGAUGCUAUCCUGACAAUUACGGGUGCGAUGAGCACACUGACACCGCCUAUUCAGCUAGAAAAACCUGAGAAUCAGGCACGGGUAGACUACAUUCAGGAUUACGCGUCAGGGCCUGAUUUCAAUUAUCCGCCGGAGUUUUACGAGCACACCGAAGAGUUGUGGAAAGAUCGUGGUGUCCAGCAGACGUACGAGCGAUCGAACGAGUAUCAAUUAAUUGAUUGUGCUAAAUACUUUUUGGAUCGUGUUAGUGAAAUCAAGCAGCCUAACUAUACUCCAACCGAGCAGGAUAUCCUUAGAUGUCGUGUGCUAACCUCUGGCAUUUUCGAAACUAGGUUUCAGGUUGAUAAAGUGAAUUUCCACAUGUUCGACGUCGGAGGGCAGCGUGACGAGCGACGUAAGUGGAUCCAAUGCUUCAACGAUGUCACAGCAAUCAUCUUCGUGACGGCGUGCUCUAGUUAUAAUAUGGUCCUGCGCGAAGAUCCCACACAAAACCGGCUACGAGAAUCGCUGGAUCUGUUUAAAAGUAUUUGGAAUAAUCGAUGGUUACGGACUAUAUCCGUCAUAUUGUUUUUAAACAAGCAAGACUUACUGGCCGAGAAGAUAAAGGCAGGCAAGAGCAAACUGUCCGAUUACUUUGGCGAAUUCAAUCGUUACCAAACGCCAGCUGAUGCAGUCUGCGAGAUGGGUGAAGAUCCAGAAGUGAUUAGAGCAAAAUAUUUUAUAAGGGACGAGUUUUUGCGUAUAUCGACAGCAAGUGGUGAUGGCAAACAUUACUGCUAUCCACACUUUACCUGCGCUGUAGAUACCGAAAACAUCAAAAGAGUUUUCAACGAUUGUCGAGACAUCAUUCAGCGGAUGCAUCUGCGACAAUAUGAGUUGUUAUAG